UUAUCAACCAUUAAAAUUAAAAAGGUGUUGCACAAAAGGGGCGUUUCGACCAGCGAGAAAAGUAUACCGAGAAGUCUGCAACUAUAUAGUCUGUAUAUCUGCAAGUCUGAACUCGGAAAUCAAUUCUAGCCUUUUUUGCAGAUUUAUCUCCCCGGUUAAAUAAAAUGCUGGGAAGAAUUGCUAAUCUUACAACUUUGAGAAACCUGACAGGACUGUCAAGGUCACUGGUAAAGCAGGGAAAUAUUUCAAACUUGCGAUGCUACUCAACAAAACUUGCUGCACCAAUGUAUUCAGGACAAUUUAGCUGUUUACCUAAGCAAAUAACUUUGAAAAAUGCACUUUGUCCAACUUCAUCUCAGCUGACAAAGAUAACAGCCAACAGUUUGAUCCAAACAAGAUCUCAAAGUACACAUGGAGAUCAUGUGAAUUUGUGGAAACUUGAAAGAAUAGUGUCAGCAGCAUUCGUACCAUUACUUCCUUUAUGUCUAAUGCUUGAUAAUCCAGUUCUUGAUGGAUUAUUGGCUGUUCUAUCCGUGAUACACGUUCAUUGGGGCUUAGAAGCCAUCAUUCUAGAUUAUGCCAGACCAAUUGUAGUUGGGCCCAUUGUUCCAAAAGUUUGUUUUGUUGCUCUAUACCUUGUCUCUGCUCUUACUCUUGCUGGACUUCUAGUACUUGUAUACAAUGGACCUGGUAUUAGCAAAGUAAUUAAACAGGGCUGGUCAAUUGGAAAAGACAAAUAAAUUUUGUUGCAAAGGUUAAGGAGAUACGAGUCAUGAAAUUGUUUAAUAAAAUCAGUCAUUAAAAAUUUGUUGUAUAUUAGAAAAUAAAGUAUUCAAUUGACAAGCAUCUAAAAGAUAAUAAAAUAAUUAAACAACAGUUUAAAUUAAAAUUUUGUAUUUAUUUAUAACAGUGAAAUCACAACUAUUAUUUUGUACAAUCUACAUAACUGCAACUUAUUUUUGUAGAGUAAAACUAAUAUAUUCAAAAUAUAUACAUCUAUGUUGUUGCAAACCUUCUUUUUAUAUGAAAAAAAAAAACAAUAAAGAUAAAAUCAAAAUAAAAAUUCAACUAUUCAUCAUAAGGCACAUAUACAUCCUGUAAAAGUGUCUAUCAAAUUAAAGAAAAAACAUAAGUAAUGAAUAAUAAUUUUAAAAUUAUUCAUACAAACCAAAUAUGUGAAGGUCAUUCAUAAUAAAAAUAAAAAUAAUUAAACCAAUUUUAAUUCUAGCCUUGACAUUUUCUAUAAAAUUUUGCGACCUGUGGCUCAUUAUUAAAAAAUUUGUCUUUUAUUGUUUUUCUUCAGCUUCUUUGUUGUUUGUCUGCGAUAUCUUUAGAACAUGCAUUAUCACCUCAUCAACUGUUUGUGUUGUUAAAAGCGAUUUAACAUUUUCAUCUUCUAUGACAGCAUUAAAUAAAAGUUUAACAUUUCCCCUUAAUCGAUCUGGCAACGAUAAAUCACUAUCUGCUGUAAGAGGUUCGUGUCCACAUCGUCGAAUAACAGCUUCCAAAACAUCUUGUAAAGGUGAUUGCAACCAACCGAACAACUGAAAUAUAUUGAAAAGUUAUGUAUGUUAUAUUUUGAAAUCUUAAAAUGAAGUUUGCAAUAAAUGUUUGGGAAAUUGAA